AUAUUUAUACAUUUAAAUGUUGUGCAAGAAAGCAUUAUCAUGAAAUGACGCUUUAAUUGUUUAAAUCAUCUGUCAAUUUGCAUGCCAAGAUGAACCCGAAUGGCACAAGUGUGCCUGUCUUAGACCUUACUUCACCUAUACCUGUUACAACAAGUAUCCCUGGUAACCACAGCUCCAUGACAACAGCUCUGCCAGCCCUGGAGAAUGUGACAGCCAAUGCAUCAUAUAUCCAACCCCUGAUCUUCCUUCAGACCAGGGCAGCCCAGGGCAUAGGGGGUAUAUUUGCAUUCUUGGCCCUCCUAAUUACUGUACACCAGAUUUAUCUUCACUUACGAUACUACACCUGCCCUAAUGAGCAGCGAUGGAUUGUGAGGAUCCUGUUCAUUGUCCCAAUCUACUCCUUUGAUUCCUUCCUGAGUCUCAUGUUUUUCAACAAUGACAAUUACUAUGUGUACUUUGACAGUAUCAGAGAUUGUUACGAAGCAUUUGUGAUCUACAGUUUCCUGAGUCUGUGUUAUGAAUACCUCGGUGGUGAGAGCUCUAUCAUGUCAGAAAUCAGAGGCAAGCCAAUCAAAUCCAGCUGGAUUUGGUGUACAUGUUGCCUUUCUGGGAGGCAGUACACCAUAGGGUUUCUCAGAUUCUGUAAACAGGCUACACUUCAAUUCUGUAUUGUGAAACCUGUGAUGGCAGUGAUCACUCUGGUACUUCAGGCCUUCAGCUUGUACAAAGACGGCAACUUCUCACCAAGUUCUGGUUACCUGUAUAUCAUGCUAAUCUACAACCUGUCCAUCAGUCUGGCGUUGUACGCACUUUUCUUGUUUUACUUCGCCACAAGAGAGUUGCUGAGCCCAUAUGACCCCAUAUGGAAAUUCUUCACUGUCAAAUCUGUUAUCUUUUUAUCAUUCUGGCAAGGUGUUGUGCUGGCUAUUCUUGAGAAAGGAGGUGCAAUAAGUCCCAUAUACUCUGAGGAUGGUGUGAUGAGACAAGGAAUGGGUACGGUGUCUGCUGGCUAUCAGAACUUCUUCAUCUGUAUCGAGAUGGUGUUUGCUGCUUUAGCUCUAAGGUUUGCAUUCCCGCAUUCCAUUUACAGUUCAGGUCCCACCUCUACUGCUGGACGAACAGUGUCACUACAGAGUAUCUCAAGCAGUCUGAAAGAAACCAUGAAUCCAAGGGACAUCAUGCAGGACGCCAUUCACAAUUUCCACCCUCAAUACCAGCAGUACACACAGCAGGGAAUGAAGAUACCCCAGGAGGAGGAGGCCGCAGAUGGCUGGCCAUAUGACCAGUACCAAAAUCGGCCUGUGCAGAAUGGCAAUGGCCCAUCCUCUGUGGCGGCAAAUACACUCAACACAAACCCAACAACACGUAAUCAACCUCGACCGCCUACCCAGCCAGCUAAUAAUGGGGCAACAAUUACACCUCACAGAAGGUUCAAUGAGAAGACAACUCUUUUAAGUUCAGAUGAUGAAUUCCAGUGAUGAGACCUUAUAGACAACUUUAAUUCAGUAGAUGAGAAUAAUUGUUUUAACCAAGGUAGUUGGUGUAUUGUGUGUGUAUAGAGCUGGUCUAUUGAGUAAGAAUGUUUGGUCUAAUAACACACCUUGUACCUGUUAGACUGACCCUCUCACAUCACUAAAAUAAUCAGAGAUCGGGGCAUUGUGAUUAAACUGUUAAAUUUUGGUUUAGCAUAGGAUACCAUUUUCUCCCACGCCGAUCUUAAUAGAAAUAUAUAUUAAAAAAUUCUUUCACUUCCUCAGGAAAAAGAUGGGCAAGCCUUUACCUGAAGGUUAAGAUUUUUGCAUGUGUUAAACAUAAAUUUCAGCUGUAUCCUUAUUUUAGUAAUUUUCUUGCCAACUUAUGAUUGUGUCAAUGGAAGGCUUAUUUUCUAUUACACUGAAGUCAGGCAAGGCUUGCCAAGGAUCUGAUCAUUUAUCAGUCUUAUCCCUGCCAC